CGUGACAACUUAUUGAGCAUUCGUAUCUCUACUUUAUUGCCAUUUUCAGUUCUUUACUUAACGACAGUGCCGGGAUCAAGAUGAUACAGCGUCAGGCAGAACAACUGAAAAGAAGGGACAAUGGAGGAAGUUGAAGAUGUUUCAUAGGCGAGCCCGGCUUGCAGUUUUCCUCCUUGGACUGGGAUUCCUGCUUCUGUUUGUCACUUUCUGGAAUUCAGGAAAGAAGCCAGAAUCUCCGAGGCCACUGCCAUACCGAUCAGAAUUAUUUGAUGUUGUAAAAGGGAGUAUAUUCGUGGGGUUCAAUAACGAAACAGGAACCAUAAAUGGCGAAUACAUUAUUCCAAACAUCGUCCACUUUAUAUUCUUCGGGGAAAGACAUAUCUCUUACGUGGCUGCCGUUUGCGUUUUGGCGGCCUUCAAGAACCAACAUCCCGAUAAGAUAAUGUUUCAUACAGAUGUUGAUGAAUUCAGAGGUCCUCACUGGGAGAAACUGAAAAACACCCCAGGAUUGAUCAUUGAAAUCCAAAAACUCGAAAUGCCAACGGAGAUAUUCGGACAGAAUCUCAGUCACGUUUGGCAUGCUGGAGAUAUUGCACGAAUAAAGAUCCUGAUGAAAUAUGGCGGCAUAUUCUUAGAUAACGAUUCCUAUGUGGUAAGGAGUCUGGACUGUUUCCGAAAGUAUGAAAUGGCUCUCGGACGAGAUGAGAAUAAUUACAUAGGUACUCAGGUUUUAAUUGCGCAUAAGGAAGCACGUUUUCUGCGCCUCUGGUUGGAAACAUACAGAGAAUACUAUCCUAAUCUAUGGUAUUACAACGCAGGUCAGAAACCUGCUCUUGAAAUUCUAUGGCACAAACCAGAACUUGUUCACAGCGUGACGACAUUAUUUGGAGUACACGACCUAUCCUACGAACUAUACCGCCAACAUAAUUGGAAGGAAUGGCGUAAUUAUUACACAAUCCAUCUUUUAAUUAGACACAGACAUUAUUUGGACAGUUGGUGGAAUUACUAUUGGUGGCCAGAAAUAAAUGAAAAGAACAUCCACGGCUAUCUCAUGGCAUUCGGUAAAAUGGCGCUGGAUGCUUAUGAUCCCAUGCAACAGUGACCACAUGCUUAAGUGUGAUAUGACAUAUGCAUACGUUAAAUUAUUCUAGGGUUCUGAGGACAAAGCAUAAAGUGCGAUCCAUUCCCUUUACCAGACUGUAAUAGCCCAGUCCGCAGUUCAACCCAGGAGACAUGAGACGUAAGAAAAAAUGUUAAUAUCUUUAUUUUAAAGAAACACUUUGUGGAAACCGCCCACAUUGAAUCAAACCUUAGCUUAUCAGAAGCUAGGAACCAUCCGCUGUUAAGCAAAGACUGCAUAAACAGCCGUUGCUAAGCAAAACCUACAGCACAACUAUCACUGGUAUGCAACGACUGGAAAUCUCGUCUCCAUGGAAGUAGUUUGGCAGUAUGGAAUAACAGAAGGGCACACUCAGGGAAAACUAGGAAGGACCCAGAGAACCUUCCUACAUCCUGUCGAGAGCCAGCCUACCUGAGAUCUGUAACCUACAAUCUACA